AUGGCGCCGAAGCAGAGGACCCCGAAGGUGACCCGAAACCCAGAUCUGAUUAGAGGGAUUGGGAAAUACUCGAGGUCGAAGAUGUACCACAAGCGAGGGCUUUGGGCUAUCAAGGCCAAAAACGGCGGCGCUUUCCCUCGCCACGACAAGAAGCCCGCGGCUGACGUCCCUGCUGUGAAGCCGCCUAAGUUUUACCCCGCCGAUGAUGUCAAGACGCCACUGGUCAACAAGCGCAAGCCCAAACCCACAAAGCUCAGAGAUAGCAUUACUCCUGGUACUGUGUUGAUCCUUCUUGCUGGGAGGUUCAAGGGGAAGAGGGUUGUGUUUCUGAAGCAGCUCUCAUCUGGCUUGCUUUUGGUCACUGGACCAUUCAAGAUUAACGGUGUUCCUCUUAGACGUGUGAACCAAGCUUACGUGAUUGGAACUUCAACCAAGGUUGACAUCUCUGGGGUUAACGUGGAUAAGUUUGAUGACAAGUAUUUUUCAAAGGAAGUCCAGAAGAAGAAAAAGAAGGGUGAAGGCGAGUUCUUUGAAGCAGAGAAAGAGGAGAAAACUGUACUUCCACAGGGGAAAAAAGAUGACCAGAAGGCUGUUGAUACACCAUUGAUUAAAUCCAUCGAGGGAGUUUCAGAUUUGAAGACUUAUUUGGCUGCAAGGUUUUCUCUCAAGCAAGGCAUGAAGCCUCACGAGCUUGUUUUCUAG